GUCUCAGCUGCCUAUGCUUCAUCGCGGUGAAUUGUGAUUGCCCCUGGAUAUGUUCCAAUAAUCUACACCGAACUCGCUUUUGUUCAUCGUCAUCUCCCGGAUCGAUGAGCUGAGUGAGCGCUCCGAGUCUCCGCGACAGCCUCAUUGCAGCUCUCCUGGUUCGCCGCGCAUGAGAACAACACAAGAUGUUCACCUUUACCCCUCUCCUCGGCGCGCAGUCUGCGUCCUCCAAGGCGUCGCAAUCGAUUCUAGAGCUAGAUGGAGGGAUCAAGAUUCUCGUGGACGUCGGUUGGGAUGACACCUUCGAUCCUCUCGACCUGCAGGAACUGGAAAAACAUGUCCCAACACUAUCGUUGAUCCUUCUCACUCAUGCUACACCCGCUCAUAUCGGUGCAUAUGCUCAUUGCUGCAAGACCUUUCCUCUUUUCACCCAGAUUCCCGUCUACGCAACCAGCCCCGUCAUUGCGCUCGGUCGCACGCUCCUACAAGACCUGUAUUCCUCCGCUCCGCUGGCAGCCACUUUCUUACCCAAAGCCUCGAUCUCUGAACCCGGAGCGUCCACGUCCGCUGCAUCGGCGGCUGCAUCCGUGGCCGAAGGUGACGAAAGCGCCGAACCUACGCAUGCCGGACGAAUCCUCCUCCAACCUCCCACGGCCGAAGAGAUUGCCCGCUACUUCUCCCUGAUACAUCCCUUAAAAUACUCCCAGCCACACCAACCCCUUCCGUCGCCGUUCUCGCCGCCCCUGAACGGUCUUACGCUGACUGCCUACAAUGCUGGACACACGGUUGGCGGUACGAUAUGGCACGUGCAACAUGGCAUGGAGUCAAUCGUCUACGCGGUCGACUGGAACCAAGCUCGAGAGAGCGUCGUAGCGGGCGCUGCGUGGUUUGGUGGGUCGGGUGCCAGUGGAACAGAGGUUAUCGAGCAGUUGCGCAAGCCCACGGCGCUGGUCUGCAGUACCCGAGGCGGCGAACGGUUCGCGCUGCCCGGAGGCCGGAAGAAGCGUGACGACUUGCUGCUGGACAUGAUCCGAAGCACCAUCGCCAAGGGGGGGACGGUUUUGAUUCCUACAGAUACUAGUGCUCGUGUGCUGGAGCUGGCGUAUGCGUUGGAACACGCCUGGCGCGAUGCGGCGAGCCAGGGGCAAGAUGAUGUGUUGAAAGGAGCUGGACUAUAUCUGGCGGGCCGGAAGGCUAAUACUACGAUGCGACUUGCGCGGAGUAUGCUGGAGUGGAUGGAUGAAAAUAUCGUACGAGAAUUCGAGGCGGCAGAGGGUGUGGAUGCAACCACCGGACAGUCCACGAAUACGGAUCAGCGGUCUGGUCCGAACCAGGGCAAGGCCGAAGGCAAGGGCGUUGGUCCGUUUACGUUCAAGCAUCUCCGAAUUCUGGAGCGGAAAAAGCGACUGGAAAAGAUCCUAACCGACCAGAAGCCCAAGGUUAUCCUUGCCUCCGAUACGUCGCUGGAUUGGGGGUUCGCAAAGGAGUCGCUCCGACUGGUGGCGGAGGGUGCCAACAACUUGCUGCUACUCACGGAGCCGCUGCACAAGGAGCGGGUCUCGGAGGCCCAGGAGGACACCCGCCGCAAGACCCUCGGCGGGAUGAUCUGGCAGUGGUACGAGGAACGCAAGGAUGGGGUUGCUCUGGAAAAGGCGUCGGACGGCGAAAUGCUAGAACAGGUGCACAGUGGGGGGCGGGAGCUCUCGUGGACGGACGUGCGGCGCGCGCCGCUGGACGCGGGCGAGCAGCUCCUCUACCAGCAGUAUUUGGCCACCAAACGCCAGCUCCAAGAUACGUCGCAAGCCCGCGGGCAGGAGAACCUCGACAACGCCGCCGACGCGCUUGACGACCGGUCCAGCUCUACAUCGGAAGACUCGGAGACGGAGCAGCAGGGUCGCGUGCUGAACUUUUCAACUUCGUUAGCGCACGCCAACCGCAACAAGCUCGGACUCAGUGAUGAAGACCUGGGCGUCAAUAUUCUGCUCCGGCGCAAGAACGUCUACGACUACGAUGUGCGUGGCAAGAAGGGUCGUGAGCGAAUGUUCCCGUAUGUGGCCCCAAGAAAGAAGGGGGACGAAUAUGGCGAAUUCAUCCGGCCGGAGGAGUACCUCCGCGCGGAGGAACGUGAGGAGGCCGACAUGCAGCAGCGCCGGACUGACUCCCAGACCAAGCUGGGGCAGAAACGGCGAUGGGACGAGUCGGGCCCCCACGGCCGGAGAUUGUCUGGCAGUGGCGCCAAACGGCACGUGCUUGGCGAUGCGCCGCGAAAGGAUGCCAGUACGGCCGACGAGAUGAGUCUCGCGGACGAUGGCGAGGGCGCAGAUGCGGCGGUCUCGUCCGAGGAUGAGGUGGAAGGACAGACAUUCGAGGGGCCGGCGAAGGCUGUGUACGAAAAGGCGGCGCUCACGAUCAAUGCCCGGUUGGCCUUUGUGGACUUUACGGGACUUCACGACAAGCGCAGUCUGGAAAUGCUCAUCCCGCUCAUCCAGCCCCGGAAGUUGAUCCUGGUCGGAGGAAUGAAACAGGAAACGACGGCGUUGGCGACGGAGUGCCAGAAGCUGUUGGCCGCCAAAUCCGGGAUGGAUGUCUCGGCCGCGGAUUCGGCGGUGAUCUUCACGCCGGUCAAUGGCGAGAUGAUCGAUGCCAGCGUCGACACCAACGCGUGGAUGGUGAAGCUGAGCAACAAUCUGGUCCGGCGUUUGAAGUGGCAGCAUGUGCGCAGCCUGGGGGUGGUCACUCUGACGGCGCAGCUACGGGGGCCAGAACUGGCCGCCUUGGAGGAUCCCGAGAAUCCCAUCAAGAAAGCCAAGCUGUUGGAGGAGGACACUUCUGAGACGGCGACGAGCCCGGCGGAGGGGGCCAAACCGGACGGAUACCCCUUGCUGGAUGUGCUGCCGGCCAACAUGGCCGCGGGAACACGGUCGAUGACCCGGCCGCUCCACGUGGGCGACCUACGGCUGGCUGAUUUACGGAAGAUCAUGCAAGGGGCCGGACACACGGCGGAGUUCCGGGGCGAGGGCACCCUGCUGAUUGAUGGGAUGGUGGCCGUGCGGAAGUCAGCGACGGGCCGAAUCGAGAUUGAGGCAUCGGCACAGUCGGCGGCGGCGACGAGUCUCAGCCGGGGAGGGGGGAGUUUUCUCGCGGUGAAGCAAAAGAUAUACGAGGGAUUGGCGGUGGUGUCAGGGAGUUAGCCGUAUAUGCCAGUGGCUAUGCAGUGACUAAUAUUGGUUAGUUAACUACUGUCAUUAUGUUGGAGUCAGCAGUACCACCAUCCUAUUCCUUCUCCUCC